CUCUUUCCCUUGACCAUGCUUCAUUCGCAAUAUAUUGGUGUCUUGUUGUUGUGGCUCUGUGUCACCUUAGUCAGCAGUGUGUUUGGAUUACCCGCAUGGGGACCAGCAGCUAAUAGGGGUCCCAUUGGUGGACCCUCUUGGAAUGGUGGACCCGAUCAAUCGACCGAUAACAUAAUUCUACACUCAAAACCCAAUUGGCGCUAUUAGCAAAGUGAAAUAGUGGAUAUCACAAAUUAAAAUAUCUACUCUCAAAUCAUGCAUUUAAAACAAAAUAUUAACCAGUUAUCUAUCAUAUGUUAAAAUCAACACUUGUUUUGAUUCUGUUUGUUUUUUAUAAUAUUUGUAUUAACUGAUAAGCUUUCUUUCUUUUACAUACAUAUGUAUAUGUAUAUAGCCUUUGUUAAUUCUCAAUUGAUAAACUCUUAACCCGCAUAUGAUCGCAAUUGGGAAUUCCUCAUGAGGAUGAUUGGCAAAAAAAUAAUGAAAUUACAGUGCAAAUUCAACAAGAAACCCGAAAAGAAAUAUAAAUAAAUCAAAGUAAUUGAAA